CUCCUGCUACUUAUCUCCCUCUGUCCUGCUGUCGCUCGUUCCUCCCAUACCCACCGCUCUCACCCGCAUACACCGUCUGUGCCGGGCAUGAAACUCGUCGUCCGAGUCCAGUACAUAGGCGAUCGCGCCCGCAUGCUUCUCAGAGAGGACCUAGCUCCAGAAUACACCAAGGGCCUCAUCGAUGAUCUCACCUUCUUCGGAUUCCCUGUCCCCCAUGAACAGAAGCCAAUAGAAAAAUCGGGCUUCAUGCUUUGCGUCUACUAUGUCGACCGGGACAGUGACGGACAUCGUAUUAUACAGAAUGCAUUUCAGAAAGCCAAGGCUGAGGCAGCCUUCCUGGUCGACAGGUCUAUCCGAUACAUUUCCUUAAACGAAGAUGGCGUGAUGCACACCACGAACCUGUCCCAGAAGCCGUACAAGCCGAAGAUUUACAAUAAGCCGGAAUUCCAGAAUUCGAACCCACAACCGGGGAGUUCGUAUCUGGCUCCCGCUCCCACCUACAGCAAGCCGCAGCCCUACGGGAAAGCGCCCAGAUAUCCCACUACCAUCGCGCAAGCCCGACACGCCGUCUCUCCUAUAGGAUAUAAGAUGCCGGCGGACAUCGCCGGCCCAUCUGGCCACCACACCUUGGAAUAUGGUGACUAUGAGAUGAAACAUGUUCCACGCUCUCCUCCUGCUGGCAGUGACGAGGAUAUGGGCGGGGUCGAUACCACGCAACAUACCCUCAUGCAGCUGAGCCAGUCUACUGCCUUCCAGUCGCUCUUGCAGAAGGCUACUCCAACGUCUCCUAUCCAACCCGUGCCCGUCAAGCCCGAACCUACGUCUCCAGCUGACAUGUCAAUGCUUCUGAGGCAGCCACUCUCCAACCCUACGCCGCAGCCGCAGAUUCCUAAUCUGCAGGCGCUGCUCGAGAAGGCGGGUGUGAGGAGCACCACUGCGCAUGCGUUCCUGCAGAACCAGCCUCCGCCGCAAAGCCAAUACCAUCCCGCUAGCAGUAACAUGGGCUUCGGGCCGACCCCCUCCACAGUUGCUGCCUCCCACGCACCUCCGCCGCAACCCACAGUAGCAGCGCCUAGCCAGAUCACCGUCCCUUCCAACAUGGCAAACACCAGUGCCACUGUAGGGGCGAGCGUUCCUCGGCCUGCGACUACCACACCGCGCGUCCCAACGUUGCGCGAGCUGUGGGAUAUUCGCCGGGAGAUCACUGCACUGCAAGCGCGCGGACGCAAUGUCGCCGCGGACCUGCGCGCUGCAGGACAGCAAAUCCCUCUCGGACCUGAGGAUGCGACUCCCCCCAGCAUGACCGGCGGCGGGACUCCUAGCAGCGGCGCGGAUCUGCUCAAGAUGCGCGAACUUGAGGCUGACAUCGUUGCCCUGCGCCAACAGCUCGCCCGAGAAACUGAGAGUCGCAAGCUUGCCGACGCAACCCUGCGAGCGGAGCGCGCGCUCCGCUCCGACGUCGAGGACGUGAAGCGCGAGAUGCGCCAGCCGUUCGUCGUGCCCGCACUCUACGACGCGUUCAUGAAGAUCGGGCAGAUGUCGAACGACGGCUACCAGGACGGACCACAGGCCGGCGGCAGCAGCAUGAACAUGGACAUGUAGGCUGCGGCCCGGCGUCGUGUGUCGCGGGCGGUAGCGGCGGUAGUGCGGCGCGACGAGAGAGGAUGCACGACGACGCGGGCCGCCGGCCACGAGGAGCGAGAGCGAGAACGGGUGUGUCGCUGUGCUAACGCGCGACGACACCGUGGUAGUUUGGUCUACCUACACUGAAGCGGCGCGCGGGCGCGCUGCACUCCCGGUGUCCGACGGCUCCCUGUGCGACGCGGACGGGAUUCUCGAACGGUAUCGGUUUUCUCGGCGAUUGCGUCUCCCCAUGGCAGUGUCCACGGGGGACGUGCGCCGGACGGGGACGUGCGCCGGACUUCAGGCGACUGGUCGCCCACCGUUUGCUCAUCGUCACGCCUACGAAAGGCGCGGUCCCUGGUUCUGGUUCUGGUUACGGAAACAAAUCUGCUUCUUUCUGCUCUGCUUCUUCUGAAUGCGUACGCGCGGGUGUGCGGCGGCACCGCCGUACACACCGUGCGUGCGAACGGCCCCGAGACGGUUUUCAGCGUAUUGUUCUCUCGCGAACAAACACGGCCAUGACGCAGCCGCCCAGCAAUUCGAGCCCGAUAUAGGCGACUGGAGGGAGGGUGACGGGGAGAAGGGCUGUACGAGUUAAUGCUGUCGACGGACUGGUCUAGUAGUGUGUAUCCAUUGUAUGCCUUCAUUUACCUCAAACGACUCGCCAU